CACAACAAUCGCUAUGUUGGUGGAGAGGAGACUGUGUUUAUGCAUGUAGAACUUGAUAGGUUUUCUUAUACAGUUCUGAUGGAGUUUGUUAAAGAUGACCUUAAGUACUCUGAAAUUGGAGGGAUUUAUACAAGCAAAGGUGGCUGGAAAUUAUGUGGAAAUGAUGCAGAUCUGUCUGAGUUAGUUAAAGGAGUGAAAGUUGGUGAUCACAUGGAUUUUUAUAUCGACAAUGUCGUCGAUAAUACCAUCGAGCCUAUGAAACAGAUGCAACCACAUGUGGUCAUGCGACCAAGGCCAAAUUUAUUUGGAGCCAAAAAUCAUAAGAGACGAACAUUUGUGACCACCAACUCCAGCAACAGAAAGCAAAGAAAGCAACUGAAGUCAACAACAACAGUCCUCGGAGAUCAGCACGGCUCAAUCAUCUACAGGGCAACAGUCCUUUGAAGCCGACACGGCGGAAUAAUCAAGAAGUCCAGAGUCGUCAGAGACCAGCAAGGAAAGACAAUGUUCAAGACGUAGAAAAUGAUACUGUGAAUCUCCACAAAGCAAGUGUUAAGAGGAAAUUGGAUUUAUACAACCCACCAAAUCAAGAUGAAGAAAUGGGAGAGUCUGUAUAUGUUGCACAAAAUGAAGUGCUCCCUCCCCCACCUCCGAUAACAGACUAUGAGAGAGAAAGACUUGUCAAUGUGAUUUUGAAUGAUCAGGUGUACAAGAUGUUAGGCUUGCCUACACUAGCAGCCAACAUCCAAAAUGAAAUGAACAAAAAAAGUAAACAAAAAGAGAAAGCUCCAGAGGAAGGCUCAGAAUAUAAUCCGGGAGACGAAGAUGAUGUUGUGGAUGAUAUUGCUGAAAUACCAAAAAAGAGAAACAAAAAACCAUUGAAGAUGAAGCUUCCUGGUGGACCAACUACUCGUUCACGGUCCACAGUUGUAAAUGAUCCUCAAAAGGAUGGAACAGACAAGGAAGCAAGCCUUCCAAAUCUUGUUAAACCUGCUGCACCAAUCCAGCUGCCUCAGAAUGAAGCUGUAGGAUCAAUGGCGGCACAUUUGGCUAUGCGGGCACGUCAAAAGGAAGAAGGUGCCAAGAAGAAAGUUGUACAUGCUAGUGGAAAUGGAAGCGGAAAUGGAAAUGAGGAAGCUGAUGUCGCAAAUGGUGACAAUGAAAUGCCUGAUAAUGAAGACACGGUUGAAGAAGUUCCUAAAAGAACGCGUGGAAAAACCACUAUGGAUAAAGUCCAUACAAGGCCAUUUGAGAAAAGAGUUGAAGUGAAAAUGAAUGAUCGGUUUCAACCUAUUUCAGACAAUGACAAAGUCAUAUCUGAAUUUGGUUACUUUCUUGGAACACUGAAGAAGAGUGUUCCACUAACUUAUAAAUCUUGGAGAGAUGUUCCUGACAGUUUGAAGACAACAUUGUUGAACUAUGUUAAGCAACGAUAUAUUAUUCCUGAAGAACUUGAAGAAUGGGUGCUGAAGUCGAUUAAUGCGGCUUGGAGGGGGUAUAAGUGUCGUCUUAAAACAGCACACUAUUGGACUUAUGUUACCAAUGAGGAGAGGCUGGAAAAUAGACCUGACCACAUUCCCCUCGAGGAUUUCAAACUGCUCUUGCAGUAUUGGGGAGAUGAGAAGAUUCAGUACAAGGCAAGAAAAAAUGCUGUAAGUCGGCAAAAGUAUGUGGACACACACACUGCUGGUCCAAAAUUAUUCUCCCAAAUUCGACAUAAAUUGGCCAACGAAUCAGAUGUAGCACUUUUUGCCAAGACGCGUAAGCGAAAUAAUGAUCGCGACUACAAGACUGAUGGGAAAGUGACUACGUUCGUAGUUGACAAAAUUGAAAAGGUUUUGGGGAAAGAUUUAUCAGGACAAGCUGAAGGUGUUGAUGAACUUUUAUUGGAUGGAAAAGCACAUGGUCCAUCAUGGCUUUUAGGGAGAUGUCCUAAGUCUGCUAAUUCUUCAAGUUCUGGCAUGAAGGAAUCGCAGAUAAGUGAAUUAACAGCAAAGAUAAGACAAGAUGUUGUUGCUGAAAUGGAUGAAAAGCUGAAGAAGAAGGUCCAAGAUGAAGUCGAUGCCAAGGUGAAUAAGAAGGUGCAGGAGAACCUUAGUUGGGUGCUUAAGAAAUUAGGGGAAGCGAAUCCUGGCAUCAACGUCAAUUUGGCAGAGCUUUGUGCAACAAUGUCAACAGACAAUGAAGGCACUCCUCUUAAUGAAAAUGACACUCCGCUUACUAGAGGUGGCAGUUCUUAG